UAAAAAGUGGCUGAGACUCUUCGAGACUUCCACAUUCUCUGCUCAAUGUUGCGAAAAUUCUCCAAAACCCAGCUCAAAAACUUUGAACCCAGAUCCAAAAAACCGAUACUGAUGAGAUUUUCUCCAAGUUUUCUAAUCCAAAACCAGUUCCUAUGAUGUCCAGAAACCGAGUCUCUGUCUUUCUCGUGAUCAUCCUCUCUGUUUCUCUGUUUCCAGAAGCUUCUGGAAUCAACGAAGAGGGUCGCGCUCUUCUCUCGUGGCUUUCGGCGUUUAACUCUUCUUCUUCUGCAUCUUUCUUCUCUUCUUGGAACCCGUCAGACCGAAAUCCCUGCAGGUGGGCUUAUAUCAGAUGUUCGGAUGAUGAGUUUGUUCAAGAAAUCAGAAUAACUUCCGUGCACAUUGCGACUCGGUUUCCAGACGAAGUUACUUCGUUUCCGUACAUUACAAGUAUUGUCAUUUCAGACACCAACUUAACCGGGGAGAUUCCGGUUUCGAUAGGGAAUUUGUCGGAGUCUCUUGUUUUCUUGGACCUUGGUUUCAACUCUCUGACAGGGCAAGUGCCUCCUGAAAUCGGGAAGCUGAAGAAGCUCGAGUCGCUAGCCCUGAACAGCAAUUUCUUGCGUGGCAAGGUUCCUCCGGAACUCGGUAACUGUGCAUUCCUACAAAGGCUUGAACUUUUUGACAACCAAUUCUCCGGGAAGAUUCCAUCGGAAAUAGGGAAACUGAGCUCUCUAGCGAUUUUCCGGGCAGGCGGGAACUCGGGUCUGACCGGUGAGAUACCAUAUGAGAUAUCGAACUGCAGAAAAUUACAGUAUCUUGGUCUCUCUGAUACUGCAAUCUCUGGGAAGAUCCCUAAAAGCUUAGGAGAGCUCAAGAAUCUCGAGACGCUUGCAGUAUACACAGCCAAUCUCAGUGGAAAUAUUCCCCGAGAGAUCGGAAACUGCUCAAAGCUCGAGAAUCUGUUCCUGUAUGAAAACCAGCUUUCUGGGCAGAUUCCUAUCGAAAUCGGGUCACUGAAGAAUCUGAAAAGGUUGCUCCUUUGGGAGAACAGUCUAGAGGGCCGAAUCCCGGGGUCGAUCGGAAACUGCACUGGUUUGAAAGUGAUCGACUUCUCGGUGAACUUUCUUUCUGGAGAUUUGCCAUUCUCUGUAGUCAACUUAGUUCAGCUAGAGGAGCUGCUUCUGUCUCAAAACAACUUCUCCGGCACAAUUCCAGACAUCAUCGGAAACCUGUCAAGUUUGAAGCAACUUGAACUCGACAACAAUGGCUUCGAAGGCGAGAUUCCUGCAACAAUCGGGAACUUAAAAGAGCUGACUUUAUUCUACGCUUGGCAGGACCGGUUAACAGGAAACAUACCGAAUGAGAUCGCCUAUUGCACAAAGCUUCAGUCUCUGGAUCUCUCUCACAAUUCUCUCACUGGUUCGAUCCCGGAUUCUCUCUUCAGUCUCAAGAACUUGAGCCAGCUGUUACUGAUAUCGAACCAGCUCUCUGGUGAACUUCCAGCUAAUAUCGGAAGCUGCACAAGCCUUGCUCGUCUCCGUCUCAGCUCAAAUCGUUUAAGCGGCAAUAUACCGUCAUCCAUCGGUGGAUUACGCAGCUUGACUUUCCUAGAACUAUCCGAAAACGUAAUUUCCGGGGAGAUUCCGUCAGAUAUCGGCAACUGCACUCAACUGCAGAUGCUUGAUCUGCACGGAAACAAAUUUAUCGGUGCAAUCCCGGAAUCUUUGCAGUUUCUUACAGAACUCAACGUUUUAGACCUUUCGAUGAACAGAAUAGGAGGUAACAUUCCAUCGGGUAUCGGAAAGUUAGUCUCUUUGAACAAACUGAUGAUCAACGGGAACAAAAUCUCUGGUUUAAUUCCAGGGACACUCGGAUUCUGCAAGGAUUUGCAGCUACUGGACCUGAGCAGCAACAGAUUGAAUGGUUCGAUACCAGAAGAACUCGGCCGCCUCCAAGAACUGGAGAUUCUGUUGAACCUGAGCAGAAAUUCGCUAGCCGGCCCUAUCCCGAACAGUUUCUCCAGCUUCACGAAGCUCGCCAGCUUGGAUUUAUCGCAAAACAAGCUAACCGGAAGAUUGAUUGUUCUCAGCAACCUUAUCAAUCUUGUUUCUCUGAAUGUCUCAUUCAACGACUUCUCCGGCUCGAUUCCAGACACAAACUUCUUCCACCAUCUCCCGGAUGACGCAUUCCUCGGAAAUUCCCACCUCUGCAGCAGUGAAAACACGAAGAGAUGCCCUUCUAACCGCACGAAGAGGAACACAAGAAACAUCAUCGUCUAUUCUCUUCUAAGUGCAGCAUUAGCCAUUACAGUUACAGCUGUUUCCUUGUACUGGUUGUUCCGGUUACAAGGAUCUGCGUUUGGGAACAGCAACGGAGAGGAAUGGGAACUCACGCCAUUUCAGAAGCUCGGCUUUUCGAUAAACGAUAUAGUUACAGGCUUAUCAGAUUCCAAUAUCGUCGGGAAAGGAGGUUCUUGCGUGGUUUACCGUAUCGAGACGUCUUCGAGACAAGUAAUCGCUGUCAAGAAGCUCUUGCCGGAUUACGACAGAGAAAACCCAGAUUGGUUUUCUGCAGAAGUUAGCAUUCUUGGAACAAUAAGGCACAGAAACAUAGUGAGACUUCUCGGAUACUGCAGCAAAGGAAGAACAAAGCUUCUGAUAUUUGAUUACGUCAGCAAUGGAAGCUUAGCGGAAUUGCUCCAUGAGAAGAAGGUGUUCCUGGAUUGGGAUGUUCGGUUCGGUAUCGCAUUCGGCUCGGCUCAUGGGUUGGCGUAUCUUCACCAUGACUGCGUUCCUCCAAUCAUACACCGAGAUGUCAAGGCCGGCAACAUCUUGGUCGGGCCGAGGAAUGAAGCUUACCUUGCAGAUUUCGGAAUUGCGAAGCUUGUAGAUGAUGAUGAUGAAUCACAAAGCUCGAAACCCUCAAACGUGAUCGCGGGUUCCUUAGGUUACAUUGCUCCUGAAUACGGAUACAGCACCAGGAUAACGGAGAAGAGCGACGUCUACAAUUUUGGAGUCGUAAUUCUAGAGAUUCUAACCGGAAAACAACCGAUAGAUUCCCGAAUUCCAGACAAUCUGCACAUCGUGGCAUGGAUAAACAACGUUAUAAGGGACAGAAAAGGCGAUAUCACGAGCAUAUUGGACGAGCAACUCAUGAGAUCCUCAUCAGGAGCAGAGAUGGAGGAGAUGAAGCAAGUUCUUGGAGUGGCAUUGCUAUGCGUCAAUCCAAACCCUAACGACCGACCCUCCAUGAGAGACGUCACGGCCAUGCUCGCAGAGAUCAGAGAGCAGAACCAAGAAGAUGAUGCUGAUGAUGACGGUAAGGUUUGUAACAACAAAUCUGUGAUCGAGUGUUCCAGCUUCUCUAGAUCUUCUGAACAGCCUCUGAUCAAAUCACCAGUCUAACACGGCUUAUGUUUUUCUUUAGUUUCUGUUUUCUGAAUUGAUUUGGGGAUUGUCGGUUUUUAACAUGAUUCCCUUUCUGUAGAAAUGAUUUUCCUUUCUACAAGCAAGAGAUUUUACUUUCUUGCAGAACAAGCAAGAGAUUUUACUUGCUCUGUUCUAAAUUAUACACAAGCUCCCAUUUCCUCGUUUUGUUCAGACAGAUCUGACAUGUUCUUGUUGAGAGUUUAAGGCAGCUCUUCUCAGAUUCAAAAUAACAGUUGACCAAAUCAAUCUCAGGGCUGGCUGCAUUCUCCAAUGAUUUCAGACAAGCAGAUAACAAGUUAGCUUAUAUCCUUUAAUGGAUCAAAUUCACAGAUUCCAUAUCACCGAUCAUAUAUCACAUCGAUUCCGCUAAGUAUCCUGAAUAUAAACAUCCACCCCACCAGAAUUCACAUUGAGACAUAAUUCAUCCAUGUUUUAAAACUAGAUACGCAUAUACACACACAUAUAUAUAUAUAUGUACGGAGGGAGAAAUGGGAAACCAACAGAAACCAAAAGUUGUCAUCAGAGCAUUAGAGCUAUACAGUCCGCAUCAUGGUCUGGUCACUACGACCCAUCAUCUGGUUUCCCUUUCACUCGGAGAUUGAUCCAGAGAUCAAAUCACAUGACACAGCAAAAGACGAAAACUUUUGGAAAAUCGAAACCCAUGAAAGAAAACGGAGAGAGAGAGAGAGAGAGAGAGAGAAGGC